GGCCUGCUGGGAAAGUUUUAACAGGACGCCAUUUUGCUCCCGGAAAGAGAGGGACUGCAGAAAAGGUUGUAGCUUCUAAGCACACCAACGCAUCUCCAAGUGCAUUACCGUAAGACCUUUGGUUCGGUGCAGGUCGGACUCUGUAAGCUGUGUGCGGCGGUGGCUACAGCUUACGGUAGCUAAGGUAGCUUUUGGAGGGGAGUUUGCUGCGACCUCCCACCGGUAACGACUGAGCAGACACAAUGGCGAGUCCAGGGAAGGACAACUACAGGAUGAAGAGCUAUAAGAACAAAGCGUUGAAUCCUCAGGAGAUGAGGAGGAGGAGAGAGGAGGAGGGAAUCCAGCUCCGCAAACAGAAGAGAGAGGAGCAGCUGUUCAAGAGGAGAAAUGUGUGUGUACCUUCAAAUGAUGAAUCCAUGCUGGAAUGUCCAAUCCAGGAUCCAGACAUCAGCUCCACAGUACCUGUUGCAGGUGAUGGGGUCAUAACUCCAGAUAUGAUUCAGAUGAUCUUCUCUGAAGACCCUGACCAGCAGCUCAUUGCUACACAGAAAUUUAGAAAAUUACUGUCCAAAGAGCCCAACCCCCCCAUAGAUGAUGUCAUUUCCACCGCUGGUGUUGUGAAUCGUUUUGUGGAGUUCCUGAAGAGGAGUGAAAACUGCACUCUUCAGUUUGAGGCAGCCUGGGCACUAACCAACAUCGCCUCAGGUACCUUUCUGCACACCAAAGUGGUGAUUGAAACAGGAGCUGUUCCCAUUUUCAUUGAGCUGCUGAACUCUGAGUACGAGGACGUCCAGGAACAGGCGGUGUGGGCGCUGGGGAACAUAGCAGGAGAUAAUGCUGAGUGCAGAGACUAUGUGCUCAACUGUGGCAUCCUGCCCUUUCUACAACAGCUGCUCGCUAAAUCUAAGCGUCUCACAACAACCCGCAAUGCAGUGUGGGCUCUGUCCAACUUGUGCCGAGGGAAGAACCCACCACCGGAUUUUGCCAAGGUGUCUCCUUGUCUCAGCGUGCUCGCCAGGCUCCUGUUCAGUAGUGAUCCAGAUGUGCUGGCUGAUGCUUGCUGGGCUCUGUCCUACCUGUCUGACGGGCCUAAUGAGAAGAUCCAGACGGUCAUUGACUCGGGGGUCUGCCGCAGGCUGGUGGAGCUGCUCAUGCACAGUGACUAUAAGGUUGUUUCUCCUGCUCUGCGUGCUGUGGGCAACAUUGUAACAGGAGAUGACAUCCAGACUCAGGUAAUCUUGAACUGCUCAGCACUGCCAUGUUUACUCCACCUCCUCAGCAGUCCCAAGGAGUCCAUCAAGAAGGAGGCGUGCUGGACUGUGUCCAACAUUACAGCAGGAAACAGAGCUCAGAUUCAGAAUGUGAUUGAUGCCAACAUCUUUCCAGUCCUGAUUGAGAUCCUUCAGAAGGCUGAGUUUCGCACAAGGAAGGAGGCAGCAUGGGCUAUUACUAAUGCCACCUCUGGGGGCACUCCUGCACAGAUAAGGUAUUUGGUGUCUUUGAAUGCCAUCAAACCCAUGUGUGACCUGCUGACAGUGAUGGACUCAAAGAUCGUGCAGGUGUCCCUCAAUGGUCUGGAGAACAUCCUCAGACUGGGAGAACAGGAGGCCAAGCAGAACGGAACAGGCAUCAACCCGUACUGUGCUCUCAUAGAGGAGGCUUACGGACUGGAUAAAAUCGAGUUCCUGCAGAGCCACGAGAACCAGGAGAUCUACCAGAAGGCCUUCGACCUGAUCGAACACUACUUUGGUGUGGAGGAGGAGGAUGCCAGCCUGGCUCCACAGGUGGACCAGAGUCAAGGCCAGUUCGUCUUCCAGCAACAGGAAGGGCCCAUGGAGGGCUUCCAGCUCUAACCCAGCCCAUCUCCACUGCCCCUUCUUCUUCCUGCUCUCUAAACCUCUGCCGGAGACAGCUGCCCACUGACUCUCCUGGGACCUCACAUGGUCUCUGCAGGGCCAGCUCCGCCACUUUCUCCACACACUCUCACUUGUGCUGUGGCCUCACACAGACUCUGGAGAGCAGAGAUGUAGUGAAUAUGGAGAUCAAAAGUGAGAGCGAGUUUGGCUCAUUGAUGCUUUUUGAGCGUGCGGGAGCCUGAAUGGAGAGGCUCUGUCCCGUGUCAAUGCCAUGGAAAGCCAACUCAUGUUAAAGAAAGUGUUCUGUUUUUUUUUUUUUUUUAGUGUUGCAGUAUGACGUUCCUUUGACUUCCUGUGAUAAUAUUUUUUAUCAUUCAAAAUGAUAUGAAUGAUAUUUGUGUUACAAAUCAUAAUCCAUAUCCCUUUUCAAAUGUGAAACUACCUCUUCAGUUUUCAGAGAAAAAGGAACUGAAAGAAAGCAAGGAAGGCAAAAACGCCCCGAACUCAGCAGAGAAAGCAUCUUUUACUGCGGACAGCGGGUCAGGUGGCGGAGCUGUCAAACACUCUACAUACAGUACCACUGUACAUCCAGAGGUUGCCAUACAUAAAGUCUGAAGCACCUGUAUGUGUUCUCCGGGCUCUCUCUCCUCUCUUGACUUGACGAGCACCUGGAGACACGGGUUCUCUUAUUUAUUUGUCUUGUGAGGGAAGUGGAGAAGCUCUUCUUUCUCUCCUUCACCCUCAGCUCAGAUUGAAGGAGGCGGCUUUCUGGAUUAUGUCAGAUGGCCUGAGUUAGUCUGAAAUGUGUAACGGUGUUGUCUGUUGUUUUCGCUGCUUAUUUUAAAUGUGGUUGAUUUCAGAAAGCAGUAUCAGGGCAGGACAGCUGCGUUCUGUGUUACAUGAAGCAGGGUGCACAACAAUCCUGCUAGUUCUGAGAUUUUUGUUGUUUUCUAGUUUGCCACUCUGAACUAGCAGCAUAAUAUAUCUUAAAUUAUUUUUCCUGCUUGCAAUCAUUUUCUUGAUUUGAUGGGAUUAGUCGCCUGACGUGGAGGGUUUGUAUAUUAUAUAUACGUGUAUGAAAGCGUAAAGAAAGUAUAUAAGUAUAUAAGGAGGUUUGAUGCAAUUAUUUUUUCUGGCUGAUAUGCAGUUGUGAUAUUUUCAGUCCAUCACUGCUUCCCCCUGAUGCACCCUUUUCAGGGUUCACCCUUUAGUUUCUGUUUUAUUUUGAAAAGGUUUGUUUUCUCUUAGUUUUUCUGCUUUGAUUUAUAUUUUUUCAUGUUCUGAUUUUGUGGCUGAAUUCUUAAAAUGGAAACAGUAUUUUUUUUUUCCCUUUUCUUGGCUCUACAGCUGAACCGUGAUUUGACAGUUGGAUACACGCACAUUUGAGUACAGCAACAUUAAUUGGUGAAGCACCAAACAUGAAAUCAAUCUAUAUUUAUGUGAAAUGGAAACUAGGCUAUUUGUAAUGCAGAAAUGACAUCAAGCACAUUCAAUCGUGUAUAGUUUUCUAAUAUUUCUGGUUUGUAUGAUUAUCAUUUUUUUAGGUUUUACUAGAUUUAGUUUUCUCCUGUUUGGAUAUGACUUUGCGGUGUUGUUGUGGCUCUCAGUAGAAGUUGCGUGUUGGAGCUCAAGCAGAUGUACAGUGACUGGAUCACAGAGGUCUGACAGUAGAGACGGGUCAGGCUGUCUGUAAUGAUGCCCGCCCCUCUCUGUGGCGGUGCAAACUUAUAUUGUGUAACAAGAAUUAAUAAAUGGAUCUGUUGGAUACAAACCAUA